GGGACGCGGGCCUGGCCCGUGUGUGUCCUGGCGGCCUGGCCCAGGCUGCCGGUGUACGGUGAGCCCCAGGGAGGCGGAUCUGGGUCCCGGGAAGGACACCCGCCUGGAUUUGCCCCUUAGGCCCGGCCCGGGCCCCUCGGGAGCAGAACAACCUUAGUGAGGUGGACAGGAGGGGUCCUCGCGAGCAGACGCGCGCCAGCAACAGCAGCCCCGCCCCGGCCUCUCGGGAGCCGUGGGGCAGAGGCUGCGGAGCCCCAGAAGGAUUUCGACUGCCUCUAAACGUCCGUCAGCACCUCUGUUCUCUCAUUGAAGUGUCUGCUGACUCCCCCCUUAGAUCUGUCCUGGAGACUGGUAGUAAUGCAGGAACGGUCUGCAGGGAUUCUCUCUUGCUGCCUCAGUUGCUAGGGGAAGAGACUCGGCCUUAGCAGGAGAUUCCUGCCUUUGCAGGCCAGAGCACUCAUGACUUCAGUGACCUGCUUCUCCCCCUCUAGGUCUAUCAGCCACAGUCUCUGCACGUUUCCAAGAGCAGCAGAAAAUGAACACAUUGCAGGGGCCAGUGUCAUUCAAAGAUGUGGCUGUGGAUUUCACCCAGGAGGAGUGGCAGCAGCUGGACCCCGAUGAGAAGAUAACAUACAGGGAUGUGAUGUUGGAGAACUACAGCCAUCUAGUUUCUGUGGGGUAUGAUACCACCAAGCCAAACGUCAUCAUUAAGUUGGAGCAGGGAGAGGAGCCGUGGAUAAUGGGAGGUGAAUUUCCAUGUCAGCAUAGUCCAGAAGCCUGCAAAGUUGAUGACCUGAUAGAGAGAAUCCAAGAAAACGAAGACAAACAUUCAAGGCAAGCUGCUUGUAUCAACAGCAAAACCCUGACUGAAGAGAAAGAGAAUACAUUUAGUCAAAUUUACAUGGAAACAAGCCUUGUUCCUUCAAGCAUAAUAGCUCAUAAUUGUGUCUCAUGUGGAAAGAAUUUAGAAUCUAUUUCGGAAUUAAUUAGCAGUGAUGGAAGCUAUGCCAGGACAAAACCUGAUGAGUGUAAUGAAUGUGGGAAAACAUAUCAUGGAGAGAAAAUGUGUGAAUUUAAUCAAAAUGGGGAUACCUAUUCUCACAAUGAAGAAAAUAUUCUUCAGAAAAUUAGUAUUUUGGAGAAACCCUUUGAAUAUAAUGAAUGCAUGGAAGCCUUAGACAAUGAGGCUGUUUUUAUUGCUCAUAAGAGAGCUUACAUAGGGGAGAAGCCCUAUGAGUGGAAUGAUUCUGGACCAGACUUCAUACAGAUGUCAAAUUUUAAUGCAUAUCAGAGAUCACAAAUGGAAAUGAAGCCCUUUGAAUGCAGUGAAUGUGGAAAAUCCUUCUGUAAAAAGUCAAAAUUCAUCAUCCACCAGAGGGCUCACACAGGAGAGAAACCUUAUGAAUGUAAUGUAUGUGGGAAAUCCUUCAGCCAAAAGGGAACCCUCACUGUACAUCGGAGAUCACACUUAGAGGAGAAGCCCUAUAAAUGUAAUGAAUGUGGGAAAACCUUUUGUCAGAAGUUACACCUCACUCAACACCUAAGAACUCAUUCAGGAGAGAAACCCUACGAAUGUAGCGAAUGUGGGAAAACCUUCUGCCAAAAGACACAUCUCACCCUACACCAGAGGAAUCAUUCAGGAGAGAGGCCCUAUCCAUGUAACGAAUGUGGGAAAUCCUUCUCCCGCAAGUCCGCUCUCAGUGACCAUCAGAGAACUCACACAGGAGAGAAGCUUUAUAAAUGUAAUGAAUGUGGGAAAUCCUACUACCGAAAGUCUACUCUGAUUACACAUCAGAGAACACACACAGGAGAGAAGCCCUAUCAGUGUAGCGAGUGUGGGAAAUUCUUUUCUCGGGUGUCGUACCUCACUAUACAUUAUAGAAGUCAUUUAGAAGAGAAACCCUAUGAAUGUAAUGAAUGUGGCAAAACCUUCAAUUUAAAUUCAGCCUUUAUUAGACAUCGGAAAGUACACACAGAAGAGAAAUCCCAUGAAUGUAGUGAAUGUGGAAAGUUCUCUCACUUGUAUCUCACCGACCAUCAUACAACUCAUUUAGAAGAGAAACCCUAUGAAUGUAAUGAAUGUGGGAAAACCUUCGUUGUAAAUUCAGCCUUCGAUGGGCACCAGCCACUUCCAAAAGGGGAGAAAUCCUAUGAAUGUAAUGUAUGUGGAAAGUUAUUCACUGAGUUGUCAUACUAUACUGAACAUUAUAGAAGUCAUUCAGAAGAGAAACCUUAUGGAUGUAGCGAAUGUGGGAAAACCUUUUCCCAUAAUUCAUCCCUCUUCAGACAUCAAAGAGUACACACAGGCGAGAAACCCUAUGAAUGUUACGAAUGUGGAAAAUUCUUCUCUCAGAAAUCAUAUCUCACCAUACAUCAUCGAAUUCAUUCAGGAGAGAAACCCUAUGAAUGUAGUAAAUGUGGAAAAGUCUUCUCUCGGAUGUCAAACCUCACUGUCCACUACAGAAGCCAUUCGGGAGAGAAACCCUAUGAAUGUAAUGAAUGUGGGAAAGUCUUUUCUCAGAAGUCAUACCUCACUGUACACUAUAGAACUCAUUCAGGAGAGAAACCCUAUGAAUGUAAUGAAUGUGGGAAAAAAUUCCACCACAGAUCAGCCUUCAAUAGCCAUCAGAGAAUUCAUAGAAGAGGAAAUAUGAAUGUACUUGAUGUGGAAAAUCUCUGAAGUCAGAUCUCAAUUUUUAGAAAACUCUCUGAAUAUAAUGAAUAUGGGAAAUCCAAUAGGAAGUCAAAGCGUUUAUCUGAGAGUUCGUGUUCCUGAAUGGUGAGAAGCAUUUAGGCGUUAGAGUCAUUUUAAUCCAAAUUUUCACAGAGAAGAAUCCCGAAGAAUGUAACAAGAAGCAAAGCCUUCAGCAAGAUCAUACGACUCAUCGGACACUAAUUUAUGCAGGAGUGAAGUUUUAUAAAUAUUUAAUAUUUAUUUUGGAUUCAAAUUGUAUUUACAUAUCAGGGAAUCAUACAAAGGCAAAAUCUGUCAAUGUGGUGAAUGUGGAAAAUAUAUUGUCUUGGAAAUUUGUUGUAAAAGCCAUAUUUCUAAUGGAAAAUCAGGUGUUUAUAGGAAAGAUCUCAGAGGCUAUGAGCUCUGAAUAAAUCUUCAUUGUAUAAAAUGAAGUUUUUAAGUUGUCAGGAGUUGAUCAUGAGGACAGUAGCAUUAAAUAAGUAUAUGGCCAUUUUUUAUCAUGUCUUAAAAAUGCAAUCUAAUGGUAAUUCUAUGCAAGUUUGGAAUUGGACAACUUGUGAAGAGGCAGUUUUCUUAUUUGAGUAUUAGGAUAGCAAAAUGUAUUAAGACAGGACAUAUUGUUGGCGAGGUAAUAUUUAAUAGGCAUAAAAUGGUAAAAUACCUAGUUUUCUAUUUAGAGGAAUUUACAAAUGGGUUUUUAACAAAUGCCUCAUUAGUAGAGGAGGCAGUCAUUUUGUAAAGUUUUCAACUGCAUCUGAGUAAGAUAAGAUUUUCUAAAAGACUAUUUUGAUAAACUAUACAUAUAUAAUUUGGAAUUGUUUAAGUCUAUUUCAGUGAAAGAGAACAAGCAUACUGCCCAUACUCUAAAAUAUCCCCAGCUCUCACACCACCCUCGUUUUUUAACCCAUAGGUUUGAGUGUGCCUAGUGCCAGUAUUUUGUAAUUUAGAAAUUUUAUUCACAAACUUCUGUUUGGUACAAAUACAGUGUCAUUGUUUUGUGCAUUCUCCUUUUUCCCAGUAUUUUGGAACAAAUUGAUUCAAGUUUCUAGCAGAUAUUUUUUGAUCAAUUAACUUAAUGUCCUCACUCCAUAUCUUGCUGGAACAGUUUAGGUACCUACCACUUCUUCACAUGACACAGAGGAAUCCUGAUUAGUCAAAAUAAUAAUGAUUUCAUUCUCUUUGCCAGUAACUUGUUUUAUAGUGGUCAUAUGACCUGAUACUGGGUAAACAAAACAAAGAUGGACUUGUUCUGGGAAAAGGUAAAAUGGUAAUCAAAUAGAUUGUGUUCCAGGAACGCAAAGGUGGCUUAAUAUUCACAAGUCAGUUGCUAUUAUACACCACCUGUAGAAAAGUAAUCUGGCAUGCAGAACGUUCUUGUGGUACAAUUAAUGUUCGUUUAUGAUCUUAGCAAAUGAUGGAUUGAAAGGGACUUCCUUAAUUGCAUAAAGAGACUUAAACUACAACAAACAGUGUGCUUAAUGAUGAAAUAGUGAACAUUUCUCCUAAGAUUAUAAAAAUAAGACAAGGAUAUCUGCUGUCAAUGAUUUUAUUCAGCAUUGUUCAGAAGGACCUAACCAGAAAACUAAUGCAAGAAACGGAAACAAAAGGCAUAGAGAUUAAAAAAUAAGUAAAACUUUAAAAACGAAAAAGAAUAUAAAUCUCUAUUUGCAGAUGCCGUGAGUAAAUUUGGUAAGUUCCCUGCAUAAAAGUUAUGCAAAAAGCAUUUUAUGAUAUACCAGCAAAAAAACAUGGAGAAUGAAAUUUUGAAAAGCAAUGCCACUUAAAAGAUCCCUCAAGUGCCUAGAGGGAGAAAAUGAGUUAGUACGCUUUGAAGAAUUGUAUCCAGAAAAUAAAAUUACAAAGGAGGAGAGGGAUAGGAUUCCAGGACAAUCUCAAAACUAUUGCUUUUUCCUAAAUUCAUUGCAACCUUAAAAUCCUAGCAAGUUCUUUAAUGUAAAUUAACAAGCUAAUUCUAGAAUUCAUAUGCAUAUUCAAAAGGCCAAUAAUUGUCAAGGCUAUCCUGUAGAAUGGACAGAGAGGAUUGAAAUUUCUAAAUAUCAAGACCUGUUACAAAGCCAUAGAAAUAAUGAAGGUGUUAUUUUGGCACAAGGAUGAAAAAACUGACUAGUGGAACAGCAUACAGAUUCAAAAGUAGACCCACAUGUAUACCAUCACCUGAGUUUUGAGAAAGGUGACAUUGAAGUGUAGUGGGGGAAAGGGUGUUCUUUCCAGUAAAUGUACUUUGCCAAUUAAAUUUUGUAAUUUAAUAAAAAGUUAUUUGGAGGUGGGUUGCAGAUCUGAAUAUGAAAUGUGAAAGCUUUACAAAGAAAUCUUAGGACAGUUUGUAAUCUUGGAGUAAGCAAAGGUUUAUUGAGACCCAAAAAGCAUUAACCCAUAAAAUUAGAACUUAAUAUUAAAUUUGAGAACUUCUAUUUAUCAGAAAGACCACUAGUAAGAAAAUGAACAGGAAACCAUGGGGAGAAGAUAUUUGCAGUUCAUGUAUGUGACAACAGCACUGAGUAUAGCAAAAGUGUUGGCAAACUUUAGCAAGGCACCAGAUGGUGAAAAUUUUCAGCUUUGUCACAACUGCUCAUCUUUGCUAUUGUGUGAAAGCAUCCGUACACCAUGCAUUAAAAAAAAAUGAGCAUGGCUGCUUCCCAGUAAAACCAUUCACAAUCCCAGGUGGCAGUCUGGAUUUGGUCUGCACUCAUAGUUUUCUGGUCCCUGAUCUCGAAUAUGUAAAGAGCACCUACAAAUCAACAAGGGGGAACUGGAAAAGGCAAAAGACUUUAGAGGAUAUCCACUCACUUUAGAGGAUAUCCAGACGGCCAAUAAGCAUGAAAAGAUGUGUUAGCUUUAUUAGUAAUCAGGGAAAUGCAAAUUUAAAACAUGUAGCGCUGCUACCCAUCCAUGGAAAUGGUUAAAAUGAAAAGCAUGAAAAAGCAUCACGUUUUGGCAAGGAUGUAAGCAAGAGGAACUGUACACUACUGGUGGAAUUGCUCAUCGAUAAAACCAUUUUUGAAAGCUGGCACUAAAAGCCAAGCAUAUGUAUACCGUUUUACCCAAACCCAGCAAAAAUGCAUGUGUCUGUCCACCAAAGGACAUGCACUAGAAUAUUUAUAGCAUAAAACUGCACAAAACAGUACUAUCUUAAGGCACAUGUGCAAUGGAAUGAAUAAAGAAGUGGCAUAUUUCCAUGGAAUACUGUAAAACAGUGAGCAUGAAUGAACUAGAAGUCCGUGCAAUAACGUAGCUGAAUUUAACAAACCUUGCUGAAUGAAAGACUCCAGACACAAAAGCCAACAUGCUGUAUGAUUCCUUCUAUAUAAAUUAUAAAGACGGGCAAAACUUGUAUACGCGGUUCAAAAUUAGGAUAGCGGUUAACCUUGGCCAAGGCUGAAAGGGGGGCAUUUAUCUGGUGCUGGGAAUAAUCUGUUUCUAAACCUAGGUGCUAAAUAUUUGAGUGUGUUCUGAGCUGUGCGCUUAAGAUAUGUGUAUUUUUCUGCAUGUGUGUUACACUUUCCAUAAAAGUUUUCUAAAAUCACAAAUGGCUAACAUUUGUGUCGCUCAUCACUCUAAUAUUUUUCUAGAUGUGUAUGAAUAUGCUGCAUAACAGGAAUUAAAUGGCAGAUUUUGCAUAAUUCUGUGCAGGAAAUACAUAUUUAUAGUAAUUUUGAUGGCAACUACUAAGAUUUCCUACGCUGUCCUUAAGGCUUAGCAUAAUGUAUAUUUUAAGUGAAAUAUUUGAGAAGGUUAAAGAGUCAUUACGUACUUUGUCAUCCUAUACUUUUGCAUAUAUAAAUAGGUCUGAGCUGCCUCUUCAAUAAAGAAGCUAAUGUGUAACAUUUCAUAUUUCCCUAAACAAAUUGUUUUUGGCAUUUCUGAAUUCGGGAUUCAUCUUAACUUUUACCAUAGGGGUGACCUUUCUUGGCAGUGAAUGAAUAUAAUGCUGAGUUUGAUUUGAUGGAAAAUUAUUUUAAAAGUAUUCAGCUAAACAUUUGAGCAAAUCUCAGAUACACAGUUAACAGCACAGAUGUAAGUGAGUGAAAGAAACAGGUCACCAAGAUUUUGCACCAUUGAGAAAAAAAACACUUUGGGUGAGGGCUGGCUGAGCUUGUAAAAGCACAGCAAGAAGGACGUGACAUUGGAUAGCAUAGACUGUGUGCCUCAUUUUUUUUUUUUUUUUUUUUUUGGUGGGAAGGCAUUUGUUUUUUGUUUUUCUUUCUCUUAUUUUUAGAGUCAGGUUCUCACCACAGCCUGCAGUGCAGUGGUGCAAUCACAGCUCACUGCAGCCCCGACUUUCUGGGAUCAAAUGAGCCUCCCACCUCAGCCUCAUGAGUAGCUGGGACUACAGGUGCAUGCCACCACACCUGGCUAAUUUUUUUAUUUUUUUAUUUUUUUCGUAGAGACGGGGUCUUGCUGUGUUGCUGGACUCAAACUCCUGGGCUCAAGUGGUCCACCCAACUCGGCCGCCCAGAGUCCUGGGAUUCCAGGAGUGAGCCACCUCGCCCGGCCAUGUGCUUUUCAUUCCACCUUACUCAUUGAGGGUUAAGCUGAAGUGUGAGCAGGCAAGAUUGCAGCACUUCCCUGGAGAAAAUGAGUUCUGGCAAAAAUAACCAGACAUUUGAGGAACUCAAUCACCAAAGAACAAACUGCACCACCUAUGCUAAAGAUUCUCAAAGAAAUAAGAAUAUAUUGGUAAUGUUUGGGAGACUGAGGCAGGAGGAUCUCUUGCGGCGCAGAGUUCAAGACCUGCCUGGGCAACAUAGUGAGACUCCGUCUCUACAAAAGAUAAUUUUAAAAAUUAGCUGGGCUUGGCUGCGUGCACCUGUGGUUCCAGUACUCAGGAGGCCGAGAUGGGAGGAUCGCUUGAGCCCAGGAAUUUGAGGCGACAGUGAGCUAUGAUCAUGCCACUCCAUUCCAGCUCGGGCAACAGUGAGACCCUGUCUCAAAAACACAAAAACAAAAAAACAGGCAUGCAAAGAAGCAGAAAAACAGAACCCAUAAUGAGUAGAAAAAUAACAAAGACCCAGAAAUGGCAUAGAUGAUGGAAUUAGUGAUCAGGACAUUAAAACAGCUACUAUGAAUAUUCCCCGUAUGUUCAAGAAGAACGGAGAAUGAACGUGAGGGACCGGAAACGACUGUGUUCCAUGCUGAGGGUGGCAGAGGCUGGCCUGGAUGCUGGAUGAGGCUCAACUCGGGGGCCUGGGCUGUUGCACUGGGGCUGGACUGGGGAUCACGGAAGAGAGCCAGGCCCGCGUGGGUCUCCAGAGCUGUGCUCAGGGGCGUGGUCUUCUGCAGUGGGGGCUUGGCUGGUGAGUGGAGACUCUGCGUGACUGUGGAGGCGUGGCCGAGAAUGGGUGUAGCUAUGUACUAGGGCGUGGUCAUUGCGUAGGGGUUUGGGUGAAGCGUUAACAGUGGGUGGGCGUGGCUCGGGCUCGAGGGCGUGACCAGCACGCGGGGGCGUGGCUCAGGCUCGUGGAGGCGUCCGAGCUCCAAGGCAGCUCUGGGGCAGAACUGUCCGGAUCUAACAAUCCCUGGGGAGCCGGAGACCGGUGACCGCCGCUCUGCCCGCAGGCCAUGUGGCCCCCGCUGUUGCUGCUGCUGCUGCUGCUCCCGGCCGCCCCGGUCCCCACCGCCAAAGCCGCUCCCCUCCCGGAUGCUAACACCCAGGAAGGCCUUCAGAACCUGCUCCAAGGAGUCGAGGCUGGCGGAGACGGAGAGCUGCAGGCAGACUCACACCUGGCCCCGGGCUCUGGCUGUAUUGAUGGGGCUGUGGUGGCCACGCGACCAGAAAGCCGGGGAGGAAGACCUGCGGCUCCGUGAGAGGCGUCCAGGGUUGCAGGCCUCGGCGACAGGCUCCGGGGAACAUGGGGCUUUCCCUGUCCACUCCCAAGGAGUGUGGGCCUCAACGCAUUGGCAGGGGAUGGCCGUGUGCCCUCUCCAGACCCCACUCCCAGAUGCAUUUAUUAGAAAUAAUAAAGUUCUUUCUUAGCUA